CUUCAACAACAUGGACGAUACACCGCGGGCGAAGAAGGUCGGGCGUCCUCCAAAGUACGACUGGAGCGACAAGAGGGACAUUUGCUACAAGCUCUACGUCGAGGAGCAGAAGACCGCUGCAGACAUUGCCCGCUACUUUGCGGACCACUUCAACGUCACCGAGAAGGACUUGCCAUGUCGCAAAGGCUUCCUUCGACAAUUCCAGCUAUGGGGAUUCGCUCCAAACAAGAAGAAGUUGACACCUGAAGAGCAGGAUACGGUGCUGGCGCGCAUCAAAGAGCUAUGGCAGAACAAUGUCAGCCAGAAAGACAUCAAGCAAACGCUUGCGGAGGAGGGAUGGGAGCUGAGGAACUAUGACUUCAGCAAGUUAUGGAAGCAGAAUGGGUUGAGGCUGCGCAGUGACGCGGGAUACAAGCCGAGCGGCGACAAGGAGAAGCAGGCACGCAAGAGGAAGAGGGGAUCCGAAGGUUUCAUGGCAGAGUUGGAAGCCGCGGCUGGAGCGCAAGAAGGCAGACCCGACGGAGAGCCUUCCACGACUAAUGAAGCGGACGAGCUCGCUCAGCCCAUUGCGCCUGAAGAUGCAGCUCACCAGAUGCAACGCCUGUACGAACUACAGGUCGAAAGCGACCAGAAGUUGCAGUCAGGGAAGCGACGACGUCGCAUUCGAGGCUGGGCACACCUUCCACCGGACGCUCCAGGUACAGAGCCACGCUACGCCUCCGAAACCAGCCUCGACGAAUGCAAAGCAUUCCUACAUCUUUCGAAUGAGAUGUACCAGACCGUGCGCAAAGACUUCCAGAUUGUUUGCGAGGACCGGGGCAUCAUCAAGAAGACGCUUUGCGAGGAUGGCAUCUGGGAAGGGUCCAAACAACGACUC